AUGUCUCUAGCCUAUUUCAUGGACACACCUCCAGAUAGACUCACUACCAAACGCACAUCUGGUGCCAAAUACUACAAUUUCGGCGAAAACGGUCAUUACUACUACCUCAAUCCCGAUGGCUCACAAUUCUACACCCACGGAUCCUGGAAACUGUUUAUCAACAGCAGUGGACACAGACGUUGGAUACCUCUACAACCAGAAUUCGCCUGCAACCCCGACAAAAUGAACGCGCGAUGCAUUUAUAGCUUCAGGUGCAAGUUGAUUUACCGCGAGACGCGCGAGUGUUUGUGUGAUAUGGCGGUUCCUAGUCUCGGUGCUCUGAUUAUGCGAUAUAAUCAAGAGGUAGUGCAGGAGUAUCUAGAUAACUUAGGAAGUCGGGUUAAUAGCGUUAUUCGACGUCAGCAUUGGGAACGAGGGAAGAAGGCUGCAUGGGAUAAACUGAUUUAUCUCGAGUGGAAAACGGGGCUGUGGUAUGGAGAUUGGUUGGAGAAGGAACGGAAGAGGUUGCAGGAUACAGGACACUAUUGGGAAUAUAGUGUUUGGGUAGAUGAUGAAUUGAAGCGUGUGAUGAAGGAUAACGAUGUAGAGGACGUUAAGGAAGAGAGCAAUGAAGAGGCGGCAAUCAACGAGGACAAUGUCAAGAUAGAAGAUGUCGAGGACGAUAUCAUCAAGGAGGAACCCUUCUGA